AUGGCCCCACAUAAGGUGCACCAGAUCCUAGAUUUGCUCCACUGGCCUGGUCCAGACAAACAAAUUAAAGAUUUCCUCCAAAGCACCACUCCAUCCAACACAUAUUUCCACAUUCCCGGGCUGGGGAAGAGCUACAAGGUAGGGGAUGAGCUACGUGUCACUGUGGUGGCCAGGGAUUUCCACCAGAAGCCCAAGCAAUACGGAGGUGACUACUUCCUGGCCAAGCUUUUCUCAUCCAAACUGAAGGCUAGUGUGUUUGGGGAGGUGACAGAUCUGGAGAAUGGGUCCGACUCAGUGCGCUUUCUCCUGCCCUGGUCUGGGGAGUCUUGGGUAGCUAUACGCCUGAUCCACUCUAGCGAGGCUGUGCAGGUCCUGAAACAACUCCGGAAGUAUCAGUCGGACCGCGUCUAUUUCAAGGGCCUGUUCGUGGGAACAGGUCUCAAUGGGGAAAAGCUUAAAGAGAUGAUGGAGUGCAAUUCAAAGUGGGAUGGGGCUGGUCUGGAACGUAUGCAGAAGAGUAACUGCUGUGAGUAUCCAGACCCAAAAGCAGGAGAGGUGUGGCUGUGCAAGAGGCCCAAAUAUCUGCCCUGUGAUGCCCUGGUCUACCAUGUGAUGGGGGGCUACAGGGCGAAGCUUGGGACUCUGCAAAAAAAGCUUGUGGACAAGUAA